AUGACGAUCGAGGAGAAGUUCACGAACGUGCACUUGAUCUCAGACGACGGGUCCUCGUCUGAGAAGGUCACAUUGUCUGUUGGUCUGGACAAGGUCCGGAUUCUGACGCCCUCGGGCCUUCACGCCAUCUUCGAGUGCGGCCUGACGGAGGUCGGCAACCAGGAGCUCCGCGGGAGCCUGCUCACGAUCCUCGUGAAGCCGAGUGCGGGCUCCACGAAGGAGCUCGUCCUCCAGGGAGAUGGGAGCACAAUGCAGAACGUAGCGGACACGCUCAUGACCUUCAGCCUCCAGGCGAAGGAGCUCCAGGAGGAAGAGAAGCAGACGGCUGCGUCGGAGCGCGCUCGCAGCGAGGCCGGGGCAGCCGGAGUGCGCUUCUGGGACCGCCCCGACAAGGAGGGGUGGAUGCAGAGCCAGGGAGAGCACCUCAGGACGUGGAGGCGCCGGUUCUUCGUCCUCAAGGACGGCUACUUGUUCCGGUUCAUGGCGCCCAACCCGACGCGCGACACCAAGCCCCGCGGGACGGUCGACUUGAACUCCGCCUCCGAAGUCACCUCCGCGGUGAAAGAGACCGGGAAGUCCGCGUCCGUGAAGGUCACGGCCGGCAAGGACAGCCACCUCUUCCUGUGCGACAGCGAGACCGAGGCGGUCGAGUGGAUGAGCGCGCUCGAGGGUGCAAUGCACUCGGCCGUGCGGCGCGCGGCAGGCCUCUCCGCGGCCGCGUCCGGCGCCGGGAGCGGCCUCGCGGGCCGGCUCCAGGAGCGCAUCGCGCAGCACGAGCGCUCGAAGCCGCCCGCGGCGUUCGCGGCGCGCGCCGCGAGCCCUCCCGCGCGGCGCAGGGACGACGCGUUUGACGGCAGGGCGGGCGGGUACAGCGGGCGCGCGGGGCCGGCGCCCGGGGCGUGGCGCGACUACGGCCAGGUCGAGGUCGAGGUGGUCGGGUACGACGGCUCGGGCGCGGGGCGGGACGCGCGGCCCGCACAGGACGCGCGCGGCGCCCCGCCGCAGGGGGGGGUGUCGUUUGGCGAGUACGGGGCGAUUCCGGGCGUCGCGGGGCUGGCGGACGCGCGGCCGGGGUCGCUGUACGGCGGCCCCGCGCCCGUGGCGACGACGAUCGUGGACUACGAGCCCGCGAACCUGGACGGGCUGGACGGGAUUGGGGGGACUGCGGGGUACAACGGGGGGGGGUAUGGGUACGGUGCGCCGGCGGGGCCGCCGCAGCCUGAGCCGGCGAUGGCGGGGGGGUACUCGAUGCCGCCGGCGGGGGAGUACGCGGCGCCGCAGCCUCAGGGGGCGCCGCAGGUGGGCGGGGGCGCAGGUGCUGUCGGGUGGCAGACGUCGUAUACGCCCGAGGGGCAGCCGUACUACCACAACCCCGUGACGGGGCAGACGCAGUGGGAGGCGCCGAACCUCCUGGGCUGA